UUUUCAUUUUCAUUUUGUUCAAACCCUAAUCUCGAUAUAUAUACCAAGCUAUUUGCACUCAAUUUGGUUCAAAGAUAAUUCCGCGUCCAAACCACGCGCCACCGCCAUCUCUCAACGCGCCACCGGAUUCUUUCCCAUCGGUCACGAGCCACCGCCAUCUUCCACCAACUGUCAACGCCAAUUUCAACUCUUCGUAAUUUUAAUCUCAGGUUAAGGAAAAAUGGGAGAGAGGAAGGUUUUGAACAAGUAUUACCCGCCGGAUUUCGAUCCGGCCAAGCUUCCUAGGGUCAGAAGACCCAAGAAUCUACAAAUUAAAGUUCGUAUGAUGCUUCCGAUGAGCAUUCGAUGCAACACCUGCGGCAAUUAUAUUUAUAAAGGGACAAAGUUUAAUUCGCGAAAAGAAGAUGUUAUCGGCGAGACAUAUCUAGGAAUCCAAAUAUUCAGAUUCUAUUUUAAAUGCACCCGGUGCUCUGCGGAACUUACUAUGAAGACUGAUCCGCAGAAUUCAGAUUAUAUUGUUGAGUCUGGCGCGACCCGGAAUUUUGAACCUUGGCGGGCUGAGGAUGAAGAAACUGAUGAAGUGAAAAAGAAAAGGGAGGCUGAAGAAAUGGGGGAUGCUAUGAAGUCCUUAGAGAAUCGAACCCUUGAUUCUAAGAGAGAGAUGGACAUCCUUGCUGCACUGGAUGAGAUGAAGUCAAUGAAGUCCAGGCAUGCUACUGUCAGUGUCGAUGAAAUGCUUGCAGCCUUGCAACGUACUGCAGCAGACAAGGAGAAAAGAAUUGAAGAAGAAGAUGAAGCCCUUAUUAAAUCUAUUUUCUCCAAUAGUUCUGAAGUUUCGAUCAGCAGAAUUCGUGAUGAAGAUUUUGAAACUGAGGAGGAAUUGUUUCAGUUUUCAAGUGGACAUGGUGAAACAUCCCAUGAUAAUCCUAAGAGACAAAAGAUAUCAGAAGAUCUUCCUGGAAAAGCAACUGACACUUUGACAAAAGCCAGUUUGGAUGACUCCGGCAAAGAAGAAAAAACGAGCAGCAGUCGAGCAAAGCCUAAUCCAUUGGUGUCGAUUUCUGUUAUUAAGAAACCAGGGACCUCUAAUGUUAAAAGCCCUGCAGAAUCCAAAGAGAAGGAAAAAAAGGAAGAUGCUAAAACUAAUUCUCCUAUUGGACUGCUAUCUUUGUGCCAAAAUUAUGGUAGUAGUGAUGAGGAUUAGUUUCUUCCAAUGGAUUGUAAAAUACUAUGAUUUAGAAUAUAGAUUCUUCAAUAUCAAAUUCUUACAGAAUUUCCUGCUGUCAUAUUUUUUAAGACCAUUGGAAAUGAGGAAGAAAAGGGUGAAACCGAAUAUGGUGCUGUAUGUCUCGUUCCUAAAUCCCUCCAUCACAUUUUGUUGGGAAUGUUGAUAUUAUUAGAGAGAUAUCAUUAGAGAUUCAGACUGCA